AAAAGCAGGAAACAGGAAGUGUGUGCAACAAUCAAACGUCGUCAUUCUAGAUUAAGGAAAGGGAAACUUUUGAUAUCAUUUUGCGAGAUCUUUAAGAAGUAAACCACUACUAUCAAAAACACAUUGGAUUAAAUACCCACAGCAUGCCUACGCAAGGAGCCUGCGCUCUUGGUUCGACGUUUGUUGUUUUCAUUGUUGUUAUUUGCGCUGUUGUUCAUCAAGGAACUUGUACGACUUCGUCUCCGACCUCUCCAACACCUGUCCAGAAGCCUUGCAAGGUUCGGACAUCAUGUGAAGACUGUCUUGCCAACGUAACGUGCCUUUGGUGCAUGACCAACAACACAUGCAGCCAUUACCCGGUGUCCAACAUCCUACCGCCAUCUGCAGUGUGCAGCCUGGCCCAGGCCCGAUGGGGAGUCUGCUGGGUGAACUUCGAGGCUCUGAUCAUCGCCAUGGCGGUAGUGGGCGGUUCCCUCCUGCUGAGUGUGGUGGUGUGCUGCUGCUGUUGCUGCUGCUGCAAGAAGAGCUCCUCAGGGCCUGACAGAGAUGACGAGAGGUUGGCCAGAAGACGAGAGGAUAACCGACAGCGCGCAGCGGAACGGAGAGUCGACAGGAAGGCUCAUCAUGACGAUAUCCGCAAGAAGUAUGGUCUGAUCCCCGACUCCGACCACCCGUACAGCAAGUUCGAGAACGAGUGAAGCGGAGAAGAGAAGCCGCGGCGGCUCAGGAGCAGCACUGGGAGAGGGAGGCCGCACACACUCUCUCCACACGGCCGCCAUGUUUCCGUCUGCUCCUCCUGCCAGUGGAACUAGUCUGCUUUGGUUUUGUUGCGUUUAGUUUUUCUUAUUUUUUUUCUGACUGAGUUGGGUGGGGGUGGGGGU